AUGGCCCAGCCCUACCCCCCAGCCCAGUACCCCCCUCCACCACAGAAUGGCAUCCCCGCCGAGUACGCCCCACCCCCGCCACACCCCGCACAGGACUACUCGGGCCAGACCCCGGUGCCCCCUGAGCACGGCAUGGCCUUGUUCACGCCAGCACAGAGCCACCCAGAGCAGCCAGGCACCGACGCCAGCACGCAGGCCAUCGCAGGGACACAAACCGUGCCGCAGACAGAUGAGGCAGCGCAGACGGACAGCCAGACACUGCACCCCAGCGACCCUUCAGAGAAGCAGCAGCCCAAGCGGUUACACGUCUCCAACAUCCCCUUCCGGUUCAGGGACCCCGACCUGCGGCAAAUGUUCGGGCAAUUCGGAAAAAUUUUAGACGUGGAGAUCAUUUUUAACGAGCGGGGCUCCAAGGGCUUUGGGUUUGUAACUUUUGAAACUAGCUCGGACGCUGACCGAGCCCGGGAGAAGCUCAACGGGACCAUCGUAGAGGGCCGGAAAAUCGAGGUCAAUAACGCCACGGCCCGCGUCAUGACCAAUAAGAAGACAGUGAACCCCUACACCAAUGGGUGGAAGUUAAACCCAGUGGUGGGCGCAGUCUACGGGCCUGAAUUCUAUGCAGUUACGGGGUUCCCCUACCCCACUACGGGCACCGCGGUUGCCUACCGGGGCGCGCACCUCCGGGGCCGGGGCCGGGCCGUGUAUAACACCUUUCGGGCUGCGCCACCCCCGCCCCCCAUCCCAACAUACGGAGCGGUCGUGUAUCAGGACGGCUUCUACGGUGCUGAGAUUUACGGAGGCUAUGCAGCCUACAGAUAUGCUCAGCCCGCGGCAGCCGCCGCUUACAGUGACAGUUACGGCAGAGUGUAUGCGGCCGCUGACCCCUAUCAUCACACGGUCGGCCCUGCAGCCACCUACAGCAUUGGAACCAUGAUGGGAGACGUGAGGGAGCAUGGCGAGCCCUUCCAGGAGCGGAUGCAGGAGACCGAACCACUGGCAGGACGAGCGGGCCACAGACACGCAGAAACGGAGUCUGCCGCCCUCUUUGAGCCAGGCACCCGUGUCUGA